ACUGUGUUUUUUAGUAUAUAGUUUAAUUGAUUGAUUGAUAAUAGAACUCGCCCUAUUGAUUUAUCAUAGACGGAUCUAACCCAUUUAUAAUCGGGCGGGUCAUGGGUUUUAAUAGUUGAUAAUUGAAUCAAAUAUCCCCCAUUGAAUCCAAGGCCUCCAACCCUACCUGUGUCUCUCAGUUCUCCAUUGAAGCGCACUCAACGUUCUCCACUGAAACGCAGUUGAAGCCAUUGAAGCGCACCCAACAUCGCACUUGAUGAAAUCAGACCUCAGAGACGGGCCUGCUGCCCUUUCUCAAGGAAUUUUUGAACCCUUGAGAGCAAUUGGCUACAUCACUUGCUCUGUUCCUUUCUCUGUUCAAAGGCUUGGCACUGAAACUUUCGUCACUGUUAGCGUCGGAAAAGCUUGGCAAAUUUACAACUGUGCUAAGCUUAAUUUGGUCCUAGUUGGUCCUCAACUUCCAAAGAAAAUCCGGGCUCUUGCUUCCUACCGUGAUUAUACUUUUGCAGCUUAUGGGAAUGAAAUUGCAGUGUUUAAGCGUGCUCAUCAGGUUGCAACUUGGAGCUCUCAUACGGCAAAGGUCCAAUUAUUGUAUCUGUUUGGUGAUCACAUCUUGAGUGUUGAUGUUGAUCAUCAUUUGUUUAUAUGGGCCUUUAAAGGAAUUGAGCAAAAUUUAGAGCCACUUAGCCAUAUUGUUUUGGAAGGAAAUUUUUCUCCUACUUGUAUUGUUCAUCCCGAUACUUACUUGAAUAAGAUUAUUUUUGGUAGCCAAGAAGGAAAUUUGCAGAUUUGGAAUGUUAACACUAAGAAAAAGCUUUAUGAUUUUAAGGGAUGGGAUUCUCCCAUAUCUUGUUGUGUCUCAUCUCCAGCACUAGAUGUUGUUGCUGUGGGUUGUGCUGAUGGGAAGAUCCAUGUCCAUAAUAUACGUUAUGACGAAGAGCUUGUCACAUUCACACAUUCUAUGCGAGGUGCUGUGACUGCACUAUCUUUUAGCACAGAUGGACAGCCUCUUUUAGCUUCUGGAGGCUCUUCUGGUGUCAUUAGCAUAUGGAAUCUUGAGAAAAGAAGGCUUCAGUCAGUUAUAAAAGAUGCUCAUGACGGUGCAAUUAUUUCACUCCACUUCUUUGCAAAUGAGCCUGUGCUGAUGAGUGCUUCAGCUGACAACUCGAUAAAAAUGUGGAUAUUCGAUACUAGCGAUGGGGAUCCUCGUCUUUUACGAUUACGAAAUGGACAUAGUGCACCUCCACUUUGUAUAAGGUUUUAUGCAAAUGGGAGGCACAUUUUAUCUGCUGGCCAGGACCGAGCUUUCAGGCUUUUUUCUGUAGUCCAGGAUCAACAAAGUAGGGAGCUUUCACAGCGUCAUGUGGCUAAAAGAGCCAAGAAACUCAGGAUAAAGGAGGAGGAUAUAAAGCUGAAGCCUGUUGUUGCAUUUGAUUGUGCUGAAAUUAGGGAGCGUGAUUGGUGCAAUGUGGUUACUUGUCAUGUGGACACAUCUGAGGCAUAUGUGUGGAGACUGCAGAAUUUUGUGCUUGGAGAGCACAUACUGAAUCCUUCUGAAGAAAAUCGUACUCCAGUCAAGGCUUGCACUAUCAGUGCAUGUGGAAACUUUGCUGUUCUUGGGACAGCAGGUGGUUGGAUUGAGCGAUUUAAUCUCCAAUCUGGGCUGAGCCGAGGUAGUUACUUGGAUAAGUCUGAAAGAAGGAGCUGUGGCCAUUAUGGAGAAGUUGUUGGAGUAGCCUGUGAUUCAACAAAUACAUUGAUGAUAAGUGCAGGAUAUCAUGGUGAUAUAAAGGUAUGGAAUUUCAGGGGACGUGAGCUGAACUCCAGAUGGGAAGUGGGAUGUCCCGUGGUGAAGAUAGUGUAUCAUAGACCCAACGGGUUGUUAGCUACUGUUGCUGAUGAUCUAGUGAUCCGUAUAUAUGAUGUUGUGGCUCUAAGGAUGGUCCGGAAAUUUGAAGGCCAUAAUGACCGUGUUACUGAUUUGUGCUUUAGUGAGGAUGGGAAAUGGCUUUUAUCGUCUAGCAUGGAUGGAACACUUAGAAUUUGGGAUGUUAUUCUAGCUAGACAAAUAGACGCAGUUCGGGUUGAUGUGGCUAUCACGGCACUGUCUUUGUCACCCAAUAUGGAUGUUCUAGCAACUACUCAUGUUGAUCAAAAUGGAGUCUACCUGUGGGUGAAUCAGGCAAUGUUCACAGGUUCAUCUAGUAUUGAUUCUUAUGCUAGUGGGAAUGACAUUCGACACGUCAAUUUGCCAUCUGUUAGUGCAGCUGAGGGAAAUAAAGUGACUGAUUUUGAGAAAAGAGAUACAGACUAUUUACAUGUUAAAGAGACUGGCAUAAUACAAUUCGAUCAGAAAAUUCCUGAUUUGAUUACACUUUCGCUCUUGCCUAAGACCCAGUGGCAAAGCCUGAUCAAUCUGGACAUUAUAAAGGUUCGAAAUAAGCCCAUUGAACCUCCUAAGAAGCCUGAAAAAGCACCAUUCUUUUUACCUUCAGUUCCAUCUCUUUCAGGAGACAUAAUGUUUAAGCCUAGUGAGGAGACAAAUGAAGAGUUAAAGGAUGGAGAUGCUGAGAAAAAUUCUGAUUAUAUGACUAAUAUACUAGCAUCGCCAUUUUUGCAAGUGCUUCAGUCUGCAGUAGAAUCCAAAAAUUUUUCAGCAUUCACCGAUUAUAUUAAAGGUCUGUCUCCAUCUUCUUUGGACAUGGAGCUUCGGAUGAUUCAAAUUAUAGAUGAUGAUGAUGAGUCCUCAGGGCUCAGUAAAAGACCAGAAAUGCUCUCACUUGACAUGCUUUUGGAUUACUUCAUUUACGAAAUAUCUUGCAGAAACAACUUUGAGUUUGUGCAGGCAGUUGUGAGAUUGUUUCUAAAGAUUCAUGGGGAAACAGUGAGAUGUCAGUCACAACUACAGGAGAAAGCACAAAAGCUGUUAGAAACUCAGUGUGCAGUGUGGCAGCGAGUAGAUAAAUUGUUUCAGAAUGCUCGAUGUAUGGUUGCAUUCCUUGGCAAUUCACAGUUUUGAGGUUACUAGAAUCAGGUCAUUUUUCAGUCUACAAUUUUGAGGCUAACAGAAUUAGAGUAUUUAGUUCUUCUGUGGUUUAAGGCUUGUAUUUAGGUGGAAGUCAACUGCCAUAAUAUGUCCAUAGAAGGGUGGCAAUUUCAUAGCAAUCUCAUUGUCUCGGAAACUCUUCUUGUAUUAUGUAAGAUAUGACUGAGAAAUCUGCUUUGUAGUGGCAACUAGAUGUAUGUAAAAGCUAAUUUGCUUUAGCAAUUUUGAAUAUGCAAAUUUUGUGCUAUUGUAAUACUCUUAACGUUUUUAAAUA